AAGUGGUGCGGAUAAGUCGAGACAGAAAGACACACCAAACCAAACCCUAGCUUCAAACUCACUAAAAACACAAGAAAUGGAGAAGUAUUUUGGGAACGCAUACAGGGGAGACCCGGGUGUUCCCCAUUCGGGUCCUGAGAAAUUCCUCAGUAUUUGGGCCGGGUCAAUCGCCUUCUCAGCCAUCACUUGGUCCCAUCCUUAUAUCUGGCACCUCUCCAAUCGUUACAAUUGGCAUGAUCAUGCGAUGCUGUUUGAGCAAUACCAUUGGAAGAAAGCACUCAAAAAGAAACAACCCUACAAAUUCUCGUGGAAUGAGAACUGGAGCAGAGCGGCACGCGAUUCAUACUACUACAACUGGCCUGUUUACUUUCCUUAAGCUUUGCUUUUCGCUUUCAAUAGCAUAACAACUUCAAAACAUUUUGUAUCAUGUUUGGAUAUGUAUUUAAGGCUUUCACUUUCCGUAGCCGUGUGAAACUGUUCUGGCACGAAUCUUUCCUUCCGAGCUUUAAGUUUGCAGUAUGCAAUCACUUUCCGUAGCCAUGUGAAACUGUUCUGGCACGAAUUUUUCAGCAAUCUCUGUUUCUAUA